AUGGCGCUGCGUCGCCUUGCACAACAAAAUAAUGCUGCGUCCGCCUCUCCAAAAACUCCAGAUACCCCUCAUUUGAAUUCUCAGCCUUCAACGCCACGUAGCCGUCUCACACAUGCCGCCUAUCGUUCACCAGCGUCCACACCCUCCAUAUCUUCAUCCGUGCCUUUUGACUGGGAAGCGGCGAGAUCCAGAGCCCCUCCACCAUAUGCCACUCCGCUACAGAAAAAGUCGCGUAACUCAGGUGUUGGAACUCCGGCAACACCAAGGAGAGCAGUCAUCCGCAAGAAAAGCCUCUUUGAACGAAUUAUGAAUCUUCCUUCUGCAAUUGCUUUCGAAAUAGCUCUCUUUCCUCACAAUGUACCCUUACCCGCCCCUCAAACCUCUGCUCGGCUGAGUGCUGGUGUACUGCACCUGUUCCACUUACUUGUGCGAAUAUCCCAGGUACGCAGAAUUCCAGACUCGGAUUUGGGUUGGGAAGACAUGUACCGAGAAGGGGAGGGCUAUUCGUGGUUUGACUGGACUGUUCCUGUCAUCUUUCUAUGUAUCUUUGGUUCGGCUAUGAACGCCGUAUAUCUAUUUACGCGGACAAAGAUUUACCAUCUCCGUCUUCGCUCUGACCUUGUAUCGUCGCCCCACGCUACCUUUGUCGCCGGACAAGUUAGUCGAGAGUCUGAAGUGCAGCUUUCAUUGGGGAGACGUUUAUUAUUACUUGCCUGGAAUACAUUCUCAUCAUCUUGGCGGUUCCUUCUUGGAAUGAAACCCCGUUCUUCGUCUGCCCCUCCACAAGGAAAGACAAAGCCCGUACAGCAGCUUGAAGUCUGGACUCCUGGGGAGCUGCAGCUGGAACUUUUCAGCCUGUACUCUCCUCUGCAUCCUUUGCUGUGGAUUGCGACCGGGUCUUCAAACUGGAUGCUAAUGCUUCUCAUCAUGGGCUUGCUCAGUGGGCUCUUAAACUUUUUGAUACGGUCGUACCAGCAACUAUUGAAGGACAGGGAAAUCAUUGCUGCUGAAGUCAUGAGCGAGUAUAAUCAAAUCUUCGUCAACCCUCGUGUCAAUCCCAUUCGCCACGAUGUCGCAGUUAUGACCCAUCAAGCGGAAAUUGUAAACAUCUGGGAAGAUUGAGGCCUUCUUCUCGUCGCCGGAAAAGCAUUCAUCACUGUGCACUCUCAAAUGGAUUAGAUUUCCUGGGGUGACAAAUGUAAAAGGUCGAACUAACCAGGUUGCGAGAUAGGAUAACCAGGCAAAAAUGGAGAGUUAAAAUUCUACAUCUUGCCGAAAGGAGUUGUGCACGCAAAUGUUAAAUGAUUACUUGCACCAGGGUGAUCUUAUGACUGAGAUGAAAUAGCAAAUAUUCGAGACGACUACUAGUACAAAGCCAGAGGAAUGAAGUCCAUGUUUUUGAUGUGAUUCUACAGAUGAAACUGGGUAUAUUGCCAGUAUGCACU